AUGCAUUGGAAGAUAUUCCACACCAAAAUUCGGACUCGGCUGCUAAUAUGGAGGGGCAACAGCAACGACUUCAUCAAGGAGCGCGGCGGCGACCCAGAGAAAAUUCGCGACUCUCAGCGCAAGCGAAACGCGCCCGUCGAACUGGUCGACGAAAUCAUUGCCGACUUUGAGGACCACCGCAAAACACAAUAUGCCGCAACACAAAUCGGUUCCAGCAUCAACGCCAUUCAGAAGCAGAUAGGGCAGAAGAAGAAGGCCAAGGAGAAUGCCGAUGAUCUCCUCGCCGAGAAGGUGGAGCUUGAGAAGAAGAAGAAGGCACAGCAGGAAGAGGCCGACGAGAAGCUGAAGAAGCUCAACAUCAAGGCAAAGAGCAUUGGCAACUACGUGUACAAGGAUGUGCCCGUCUCCACAACCGAAGACGACAACGCCGUGGUCAAGACAUGGGCGCCCGCCGACCGGAAAGCAGAGUUUAAGAAAGACGGUAUUCCACACCACGGCGUGCUCACGCGACUCGACGGCUACGACCCGGAGCGCGGGGUUAAGAUUGUUGGACAUCGAGGGUACUGCCUCAAAAACUACGGUCUCUUCCUCAACCUGGCUCUCAUCAACUAUGGUCUUGAGUUCCUCUUCAACAAGGGCUACACACCCAACCAGCCUCCUUUUAUGAUGCUGCGCGACCAAAUGGCCAAAACUGCACAACUCUCAGACUUUGACGACGAGCUGUACAAGGUGACGGAGAGCAAGGACAAGCCUGAGACGGACAAGUAUCUCAUCGCCACCUCGGAACAGCCACUUUCAGGUCUGCAUAGCGAGGAGUGGCUGCAGGCCGAGGACUUGCCCAUCAAGUACGCCGGCUACUCGACCAACUUCCGCAAAGAGGCUGGUUCACAUGGAAAGGACGCGUGGGGCAUCUUCCGGAUACACCAGUUUGAAAAGGUGGAGCAAUUCCUCCUCACCCAUCCGGAGAAGUCGUGGGAGGCGUUUGACGAGAUGCUUGCUACCUCGGAGGAAUUCUACCAGAGUCUGGGACUGCCGUACCAGGUCGUUGCCAUUGUAUCUGGAGCGUUGAAUAAUGCAGCAGCCAUGAAGCGCGAUCUCGAAGCCUGGUUCCCCGUCACCGGCGGCGGCGAGUACAAGGAACUCGUCUCCAUCUCCAACUGCACCGACUACCAGACCCGCGAACUCGAGAUCCGCCACGGUGCCAAGAAGCUGAAUGCCACACGGAAAGAAUACGUUCACGCGCUGAACGGUACACUCUGCGCCACUGAACGAACACUCUGCUGCAUCCUUGAAAACUACCAGACCCCAGAUGGCUUCACGGUCCCUUCGGUCCUACGGAAAUAUAUCCCCAGCCAACCUGAGUUUUUGCCGUUUGUCAAGGAGUGGAAACAGUCCAAGGAGGAGAAGGCGCUUCCUAUACAGACAAAGUAG